AUGUUUCCACCAGCGAACGAAGGAAACCACCAGCCAGAACACAGCCCCAACUCGAUAAAAUUGCAGAAUCCAACGCUUCGUGACGCGUCGCAGGAGAGCAUCGAAAGCCAAAAUGCACCCAGCCAAUCUAACAUCGGCCAAUUCCUCCGAGCACGUUAUGGCUGGAAUAGUUUCAAGACCAGCCCCGAAGCCGAGCUUUCACUUGCGCUUGACAAAAGCCUUAAAGCCUACCACAGUCAGUUGAUUGCUCUUGGUAGUGCAAUAGGGACCGGGCUUUUUAUCGGUGCAGGCCAAGGACUUGCAACUGGAGGACCGAUACCACUCCUCCUAGCCUUUGCAUUUGUAGGCUUUACUCUUUGCCCUACUGCUUUCGCACUAGGCGAAAUGGCCACUUUGCUACCAUAUCCAGGGGGUUUUGUUGAGCAUUCCAGAAUAUUUCUUGACGAGGCCUGGGGUGCUGCUAUAGGGUGGAACUAUGCCUUCCAGUGGCUGAUAACGUUGCCUCUCGAGUUGAUCGCCUCGUCGAUCACGCUCCAAUACUGGGGGGAACCGCUUCGACACCGGUCCGCGUGGAUCACGCUGUUUCUUGCGGGCCUUGCCAUCAUCAAUAUCUCUGGCGUGACGGGGUUCGCUAACGUAGAAGCUGCUCUGAGCGUCAUGAAGGUGGUUGCAGUUGUCGGUUUCAUGCAAGUACUCCCAGCUCUUCCAGCUCCUACCGGGGCCUCUCAUAUCAAUGACAAUUUCCGUCUUGGGUUUGGUGGAAAGGCGAUAGGGACUUCCCAUUGGUACAACCCAGGUGCUGUAAACAAUGGCUGGUGGGGGUUUUGCAGCGUCCUGGUGACGGCAGCGUUUGCAUUUGCUGGUAGUGAAAUGGUAGGCUUGACAGCCGCCGAGCAAGAAAACCCAAGGAGAGAUAUGCCUAAAGCCGUCCGGAAAGUGUUUUGGCGCAUCGGAAUUUUCUACAUCACCUCAAUCUCCCUCAUCGGUCUACUUGUUCCCUACAACGACCCUCUUCUCAUAAGCAACGCGGGCACUAAUAAUUCGUCAGCCUCGCCCUUCGUUAUCGCCGUCAAGAACGCAGGAAUACCCGUGGCACCAUCUAUUUUGAACGCCGUCAUUCUAGUCACUGUCCUCUCAGUCGCUAACUCUUCGGUCUACGGGUCUUCGAGAGUUCUGAACGCCCUAGCCGAUGCAGGGUUGGCGCCACAGGCAUUUGCCUACGUUGACACGAUGGGGAGGCCGCUUCGGUGUCUCUAUCUUGCAUUUGGAUUCGGGCUGCUCGCCUACCUGGCCGAGCUUCGUCAGGAAAACACCGUGUUCAUGUGGCUACUUGCGUUGUGUGGUCUAUCAUCUAUCAUGUCAUGGACGCUGAUUUGUGUGACACAUUUGCGGUUUCGGCGGGCAUUGGCAAUCCAUGAGAGGGACUUGGACACUCUUCCAUUUAGAUCACCGCUAGGGGUCGUGGGCUCUUGGGUCGGCCUGGUCUGCAACAUCUUCAUAAUAUUUGUGCAGUUCCUCAGUGCGAUAUUUCCUGUGGGAUAUCAGGAUAUGACACCCCGGUCGCGUGCUCAGUCUUUCUUUGCGUCUUUCAUGGCCAUCCCACUCGUGAUAAUCCUGUAUGUCACUGUCAAGCUGUGGAAGGGUACCACUAUUACCAACCUCGCCGAUUAUGACUACUUCACUGACGCAUACACCGAGGAAAGGUACAUAGAGGAAGCUCUUGACAACCCCGCGAUGGUACUAGAUGACUUGUGGUGGUGUCCAAGACCUCUCAGAAAGCCCUUGAGUUCGUUGUCUUUUCCUUGGUAA